GGAUGCUGACGUAGGAAACUGGGAUGGGCGGAGCUUGGGGUUCGUAUUGAAUCUCCGGGGAUCACCGACACCGGCUGGUCUGUGUCGUUCAUUCAUCGGUGGAAUUAUUCUGCUCCCAAAUUAGCCGUUCCACCAUCAGCCAUCCUGACUCCUCCGAACACCGACUCUAAGGACGCUACUCCUGGCCAUCCUCUGUGGCGGGGCUGCGUGGGAGAAACGGAUCCUGCUAUCAUGCAACAGACUGAUAUGCUAAUGUCUUUGCAUCAACAUGGAGGCUACUGGCAUGAAGCACUGGAGCCACAGAUGCACCCAGGAGACAUGAAUCAUUUUGGUGUCCAUGUUGUCAUCACUUGACCAACCAACUGAAUCCAUGUUGUUCCAAGAUGAAGAUUGAUACCAGCCUGAAUAUGCCCCAGCUCCCAGAGGCCCUGUCCCAGGCAGGCCUUCAGUUUACUGUGGCAACUGAGGAGGACUUUGAUGAAAUCAUGGCUAUGAGUCAGGACAUCUAUGGAGGCCUUGACUAUCUACCUACUAGAUACACUAACUGGCUGCAGGAAACCAACCGUACAGUUAUACUGGCACGCAAACAUGGAAAAGUGAUUGCUCUGGAGUCUGUCUGUGUCAUCGAUGAUGGGGAGACCAUGCUGGUGGAAGGUCUCCGUGUUGCCCCCCAGGAAAGGGGCAAGGGCGUGGCAGGUGUUCUGCUGCGCUUUUGUGCUGAGCUGGUUAAAUCUAGGUAUCCAGAGGUCAAAGUAUGCCGCUUGACCCGUGAUGAUAAGCUUGGACCAAAGGACUUUGAAAAGUACCGCAUCAUAACUAAGCAGGGAAUCCUGCUGAUGCGCUUCAGAGCCGAAGACCUCAAGCUGCAUCUCUCUGAAUUUGGUCUAGAAGGAGACAAUGAAUCCACUUUGUCCACCUUUUGCUCCAGUCCUCCUCCAGUGCGUCUGGACCAUACAGCAAUCCAGCAGCUCUACUUAAACAGUGACCUGAUGCACGGGGUCCUCCCUAACGCGACCAUCAUUCAAGACUGGCAGCCAUUCAAGCUUUUGCCCAGUAACAUGGCAGUCCUACUAAAGAAGGAGAUUGACUGGAUGGUGGAUGAUAUGUCCAAUCCUACUGUGGCCAGCCUCUGUACCUUCCCUUUCAGGGUCCCCAUUGGAGAUGACUGGUAUUACCUGAACAUCGACAUGUUUGGUAAAGACCUCGCCCUGGCUCGACAGCAGUUCUUGUACCACCUGCAGCGCCAUACUGCCACCUUGAAGGGUCACGUGAUGUGCCAGAUGUUCCUAGACCCACCGCUUUGGAAGGCCAUGGCUGAAUUCUGCCACAACACCCUGAGCGUGGAGCUGGUGAAAGAGUAUACUGAGCAAUGUGUGGUGGAGUGUGAUCUCAUCUAGUUGCAGAAGGUGGAUGGAAAUAAGGCGAAGUUGUCGAGGCAUGACAGGAAGGAAGACAAGGGUUUAAACAACAAGGAAGUAACACAAAUCAGUUACAAAUACAAAUAAA